UGCAUGUCUCGGACCUGCCGCACGCGCCCUACCAGUCCCCACACGGCAGCUGGCCGGGGAGGGCGGCGGGCGGCGGGCUCCCAGCAGACUACCAAAUGUUGUUCCCCAACGGGUGUUCCUGCUCGGGCCUGUUAGCCAUGCUGGUCCUCAGCGAGCAUAGUGUGUGCAGUGCACGCGCCUCUGUUAUGAUCUACGAUGACGUCAACAAAAAAUGGCUACCAUCAGGCACGUCAACCGGACUGUCCAAGGUGCACAUAUACCAGCACACACUCAACAACACCUUCAGAGUCGUGGGGCGGAAGUUACAGGACCAUGAGGUCGUCAUAAACUGUGCUAUCCUGAAGGGACUCAAGUACAACCAAGCCACCUUCACCUUCCAUCAGUGGAGAGACAACCGGCAGGUGUACGGCCUCAACUUCUCCAGUAAAGAUGAUGCAGAUGCCUUCGCACAGGCCAUGCUCAAAGCACUUGAGGUGCUCAACAAUGGAGGAGGCGUGCGCCAGAUGCCUCCCCCACCCCCUCCUGCUGCCCCCUCAUCACAGCAGCAGCAGCAGCAGCAGCCGCAACCGCAGCCGCAGCAGCAGCAGCAACCACCACCAGUCCAGCAGCAGCAGCCGCAGCAGCCACCGAUGAUGACUCAGCCACAGCAGCCGCAGUACCACAACCAGCUCUACGCCGAGGAGGACAUGGGGUACAGGUAUGCUGAGCCCCACGCCUACAGCAACCACUACGAGAAAACCUACGACAGGACCUACGACAACUUCCAGCAUUACCAUGACACACGGACCAUGACGCGAGAGGACAUAGCAGUGAUGCAGGAGCGUCGCAUGAACACGCAGCAGAACAUGGGUGCUCCUCCUCCUCCACCGCCUGUGCCAGCUGGUCACCACCGCACUAACUCAGCACCUAAUAACCCACCUCCAGCACCGCCAGGCCCAUCUAUACCGCCCUCCAGCGGGCCACCUCCUGUACCCUCUAGCUGUCCCCCUCCACUUCCUGCUGGUGGACCUCCUCCCCUUCCAACUGGAGGGCCUCCUGCUCCUCCAGCCCCUCCUAUGGGUGGUCCACCUGCCCCUCCAGCACCACCUAUGAGUGGCCCACCUCCUCCACCAAUGAGUAUGAGUGGCCCUCCUCCACCUCCUGCUCCACCUGCACCUCCACUAGGUGGAGCUCCACCUCCACCCCCUCCUCCUCCAGGGGGCCUAGCCAGGUCACAGUCAUCCUCAGAGGAAACAUCAGCCAACAGUGGACUGGCGGCGGCAUUAGCCGGCGCCAAGCUCCGCAAAACUCGUGCCCCAGACAGUGAAAGCACAGGGUCUAGCAGUUCAGGGGGCAGCAUUGGCCGAGGCUCUGGGGAGCGGCCGGCCCUUGGAGGAAUGAUGAGCAUGAUGGACGAGAUGGCUGCAACUCUGGCCCGCCGCCGGGCCAAGAACAAAGAUCCUCCUUCGUCACCCACACAGUCUCAGGAUCCCCCAAGAUCCUCGCAAAAAAGCCCCGGCAACACAUCUAAUGGCAAGAGUGGCCCAGAGUCUCCAAAGCCUGCCCGCAAGAGGUUUGGAUCCACUUCAGAUGAUGGCACCCCAAGAGUCAAUGGGCUAGGGGAAGGCGGAGCCGGAGGUGGUACUUGUCCUGGGGACCUAGAGAGGCUCAAAGAAGAAAUAAUGGAUGAAAUGAGAAAGGAAUUGGAUAAAGUUAAGCAAGAUAUUAUUGAAGCGCUCAAAAUGGAACUGAACAGAAGAUAAGUGGCCAGCAUCUCUAACAGAGGAACUGUUUGGUAUUGAGGGAGAUCUUCAUGUCAUUGGAAAAUCAAACUGAAGAAGCCUGAUUUAUGAAUUAGGGGACCACUAAUGUUUAAAUCAUAAACUGGAUUGUAAUGGGCACCACAAGAACCAAGAACUGUGAGCUGCCCAACACUGCUUUCAUCUCAUCCAAGAUUUGUUGAUUGCUUCCAUGUGUGUUAGAUUAUCUACAUUGAAAUUGUAUGAUUGACUCCUAAAUUGCUUCUGGUGCAAAAUUUGAAAAGACAUGUGUGCUGCAUCCAAUUGUAUUAUGGUGUUUUAUAACAUUUCAUGUUGCCUGGUGUGUGGGGCUGCCAUCAGUGGUACAACAUUAUCACUAUGUGACUCAGUAUUACCACACAGUAACUACAUUUUUACAAUCUGGUGGCUGCUAGUCUGGUGCCAAGUGGCUAUCCACGGUACAUGGUGGUUGGGCCAGUGUUGCUCCUAUACCACUGCCUGCCAGAAGUGAUUUUAUACAUUCUGGCUUGGUGGCAUGUUGUACUGCUGCCUUCACUUCUCAUUUAAAGUUUUUACUGAAUACAAUACAUUGUGUCUAAGUAAAAUGUGAUUUUAUAUGGUGAGGCCAUAUUACUAUUUUGAGAAGUAGUUGUCAUCCAACCUAAGGAGCUCAGAAAUCCCCCUCAGGCAAAAAAGGCACAAUGGGGCUAGGCAGAUGUACUCAGCUGUGGAAAACAAGUAUUAGUACAUGAGUGCUGGCUUCCCUUGGUCAGUGUUGCAGCCUCUGUCACUACUCAAGUGGUGGUGAAGCUGCUGCAUUAAUGUAGGGACAUUUAUUUAUUUAUAGUAUUGGCUUCCCAACUCCUUUUUGUACAGCCACACUUAUAAACUCACGUGCUUUACUGAGGUAUGUACAUGACAGCCACACUGCCUAUUUCAAGGUCUCAAGUUUUGUACAAGCCCAGCCUCCCCCUCCCCCCUCCUUGUGUACAUAGCCCUUGGCAGGUUCUCCCCAGGAACCUAAUGAGCCUUUGCAUUUAGUAAAGUGUCGUGUUUCAUACUCUUGCCGCUAUUUUGUAUGCAUUGUCAUGAAUUAUUCCCAAGCCACAACAUACAUACCAUGGUGAUUAUUCUCUUUAUUUUUGUUUUACAUAUAAUUUUAGUCUUAUUUAUAUUUAAUUAAUUUCUUGUACAUAUAUGUAGAUACAAAAGUGAACGUUAGCAUUAGUGCUUAUGUGGUCCUUGCUCACCUACUUUGCUGAACAGACUCUGAACAGAGCUCUCAUCUAAUUUUGCAUUUUCUUAAAAGUCUCAUUUUUUAUCACUUUAUGGUGAUUGUUCAGGUGAGAGAGCAGCGUGUGGCUGCCCCUCAGAGUGCUUUUCAGAAUCUUGGGCAAAUUGGAUAUUUGUUCUAUCUUGCCAGGCCUUCUCCAACCAGGGUGACAAUGGUUUGUUUGGUAUCUAGUCAAUAACGGGCAGAGCAUCCAGCACACCCAGGUCCUCACCCCAAGAGUGAAUCAGCAGUCUUCACAGAGGACUUCUGUUUUGCUACUUUUAUUAUACCAGAACCAUUGAAUGCUUGGGAUAACUUAAAUUUUGUUGUUAAUGGUUACUGUAUACAUUAUAUAAACCAAUACAGGAUAUUCAGCUAACAUACAGUGCUAUAAAAAUGUUAUUCAUGUUUUAAAUACAUUAUUAUAUUUGUAUGAAAUGUGUUAGCUGGGGGAGUGUUGUGGGGCCGCAGAUCAUUGCUUGCAGUGCUUCCAUUCAGUUUGGCUCUGUUCCCUUUCUCCCUGACACCUCGGAGCCGCUGUGCUGCAGGAAUAAUGGCUGACUGAACGGCGGGAGAACCACAGGAGGUCUUGGGUCAAGUUGAGGAAAUAAAAGUUACACAUUGAUUCAUAUCUAUUUACCCAUAGGUAGAUAUGAUUCAGGUGUGCUACAUAAAUAAGAGAAUAUGAUAUAUCCUCCUGAUUUACAAUUACAAAAUUAUAUCAAUUAAACAGAAUUAACAUCAUAUUCAUUCAUCCUAAUAAUACUGAGAACUCUUUAUUCUGUGGGUGUAGUGAAAAUGGCAAGUGGGGAUGGGGGCUGGUCAGUGAUGGUAGGGAAGCCAGAUUCAUUGACUUCCCAUAGAAGUAAUUUCAUUCAGAAGAAGUAAAAUUUAUUGUCUAGAAUGUGUUUUACACAAUGAGACCUAUUGUUGUUCAUAGUUUUAUAAUUUAGCAAUAUGGAAGUUUGUAAAUAUACAGAGUUCCCUUUAAAUUCUGACAUUCUCCAUUCAGAUUACAGAGGGAGAGGUAAAUUUAAUGAUGUGAUUCGUCUUAAACUAGAGGCUCCAAGUAGCUCUCCUGUUUUAAGGUUUGUUGGAUAGCCAUCCUCGACACACACACACACACACACACACACACACACACACACACACACACACACACACACACACACACACACACACACACACACACACACAC